AUGAGAAUGAGCAGGAAGAAAAAGGGGAAGUAAGCAGAGUCGAUUCCUCUCUGCGGGUGACUUGCAUCACAUACAAACACAUUUGAUGGAAGGCGAGUGAACAGAGGUGAAGGUUUCAGCCGUUAGUACGAGCCUCAGCAUCUGGAGUCGUCCUUCUGCUGCUUGACUUUAUUCUUUUUUGGGGGUGACUGGGGGCAGACACAGGCUUCUGGUCGCGUUACAGUUCAUACGAUAUAAGGAAGUGCUCACAAGCUGAAAAUAGGCAGAGCUGAAACGCAGUGAGCACUCAGCUGUGUGACGAGGAUCAAUGCUGACUGAACCAUGUCAGACAAUGUCCUGGAGGAAAUCUUCAUCAAGCGAUCCCAGCAGAAGAAGAAGACUUCCCCUCUGAACUACAAGGAGAGAUGGUUUGUCCUCAACCAGGAAAAAAUCGCCUAUUAUGACUUCGAUCCAGACAAAGGGAAGCGAAAAGGUCUGAGGGGAUCGGUCGACCUGGAGAAGAUCAAGUGUGUGGAGGUGGUGCAGCCGGAGCCCUGCUCCCCGUCCGAGCGCAUGUACGCCUUUCAGAUCAUUUAUGAUGAAGGGCCGCUGUAUAUCUUUGCAAAGACCGAAGAUAUCCGCGCAACUUGGGUAAAGAAGCUGAAAGAAAUGGUGCGAUUCAACAAGGAUCAGAUUCAGAAAUACCACCCGUGCUUCUGGGUGGAUGGGGUGUGGCUGUGCUGCAAGCAGGAAGUCAAACAAGCGAUGGGUUGCGUGGUGCUGGACAGUAAGAAUGGAUUUGCACCUAAACAAUCUGGGCGAAGGGGAUCCAGGAAACCUCUUCCUCCGACUCCAACAGAGGAAAAGCCUGCUCGUCCUUUACCUCCAGAGCCCCUUGAACCUCCGGCCCCCUCAGCAGACAUGACUGUCAUAGCUGAAUACUGCUACACACCCAUGUCAGAACUAGACCUGGAGCUGAGGAAGGACGAGGAGUACACCAUCCUCGAGAUGUCGGACACUAACUGGUGGAGGGCUCGAGACAAAUAUGGCAAAGAAGGAUACAUACCUAGUAACUUUGUUGUGGAAGCAAAAAGUGGUUUAGAAAAAUUUGACUGGUAUUGCAAGAAUAUGAACCGCAGCCAGGCAGAAAAACUGUUAAAGAAUGAGAACAAAGACGGAGGCUUCUUGGUACGGGACUCAAGCAAAGUCGGGAAAUACACUGUGUCUUUGUUCAGCAGGGGUGGCGGGGAAACCGGUGGAAGCUGCAGACAUUAUAACAUCUGCACCACGGCCCAGGGCCUGUUUUAUCUGGCAGAGAAGCAUUACUUCAGCACCAUCCCAGAGCUCAUCAACUACCACCAACACAAUGCAGCAGGAUUGGUGAGCAGGCUGAAAUACAUCGUGUCCAACCGGGCGUUGCCUCCAUCCACAGCAGGGCUGGGCUACGGUGUGUGGGAGAUCGACCCCAAUUGCCUCACCUUCAUCAAAGAGCUGGGCACCGGUCAGUUCGGGGUGGUGAAGUACGGCAAGUGGCAGGGCCAGCAUGACGUGGCCAUUAAGAUGAUUAAAGAGGGAUCCAUGUGUGAAGAUGAUUUCAUCGAAGAGGCCAAAACUAUGAUGAAGCUUCACCACGAGAACCUGGUCCAGCUCUACGGCGUCUGCACCAAACAAAGACCCAUCUACAUUGUGACCGAGUUCCUGUCCAACGGCUGCCUGCUGUCCUACCUCAGGGAGGGUCUGAAGCAGCACCCCACCGCCGUCCAGCUGCUGGAGAUGUGCAAGGACGUCUCCGAGGGGAUGGCCUAUCUCGAGGAGAAUCAGUACAUCCACAGAGACCUGGCUGCCAGGAACUGUCUAGUAGAUGACAAUGGUACAAUCAAAGUGACUGACUUUGGACUGUCAAGGUACGUCUUAGACGACGAGUACACGAGUUCAGAAGGCUCCAAGUUCCCUGUUCGCUGGUCGCCUCCUGAAGUCCUCCUCUACUGCAAGUUCAGCAGCAAGUCAGACAUCUGGGCGUAUGGGGUUCUGAUGUGGGAGAUUUACACUUUGGGUCAACUUCCAUACGAACGUCUAAACAACACAGAAAUAGUGGAGCAGGUGUCGAGGGGUCUGCGUCUCUACCGCCCCCAGCCGGCCAAUGUUAAGGUCUACAACAUCAUGACAACCUGUUGGUGUGAUAAACCAGAAGACAGGCCCAACUUCCAGGAGCUAGCUCUGUCUGUUCAGGAUUUGCUGUACGAGCUCCAGUAGAUCUCAAAUAAUUCAGACACACACACACACACACAACCAAUCCACUCUCUGAACGUCCCGGGAACGUUGACACGAUGUAAAAAUCUCUGUAAUGUGAAUAUGUGAAAUGUGAAUGUCAUGAUGAGAAUAGUAUACCUGGCGCAGAGGUACAGUCCUGUAGAUCAACGUUUAAAAUUUGUAUAUUUUCUUGAAGGUUGUUGGAUUCAAACUAUCAUAUCUGUUGUUAUUGUAUUUUUUGUUGUGGGAUGUUGACUUUGCAUGUGGAGAGCUGCUUUGUAAGAACAGACGUGUUACGCAAAUAAAAGUCAAAUAUAUAAAAUGACUGAAACAUCAAGUGAAA